ACAGAGCAAAUACCUUCUUUUUUUCUUUUGUGUGCAGUCAUUCGAUUGCGUGUAAGUUCUGACUAAUGAAGCUAUGGCAGAACGCAGAGCCGACUUAAACCUUCCGAUGAGGCUUCAAUGCAACACAUGUGAUCAUAUCAUGUCUAACGGCACCCAAUUCAAUAGCCGUGUAGAACAAGUCAUUGGCGAGACGUACCUUGGGAUUAAAAUCCUUAGGUUUCACAUCCAGUGCACCAACUGCACUGGUGAGAUAAAGUUUAAGACCGAUCCAAAGAACGCUGGUUUUAUAAUCGAAUCAGGUGCAACUUACCCUUCCCUUCUACUAUAGCCGGAUUAGGUUAAAGACCAAUUUUUUUUUUUUUUUUUUUGUUGGACCAAAUCUAGGAUUAUGUUAAUUUGAUCCCGCUGGAUAUUUUCUACAUAUAUUUUACCUUUUUCACAGGUUUUGUUUUCUUAUUUUUUGUGAAACAAGACACGGGAAAUAAAUUUUUGUCCUUGAUUUUUCUUAUAUAUAUCUUUGGCUUAUCAUCACUUUUACAAAUUCUUUGUGAGGUUUCUCCGAAAAGGUUACUUUACACAUAUGAUUCACACGACGACGACGCAU